CUAAAUUAAUCUAUUUAUAAUCUGUCAUCAAUGGCCGCGAGAGGAAUUCUGUUGUGAAUCCGAAGAGUGCAAAUUAUAAAUCGCUUAUCUGGCGUAAAAACAAUCAAAUUGUUAUUUAUUUACAAAGAAGAUAUGUGACUAGUGCUUGGUGUUAGAAAUUAGAAGUGACUAACCAUAAUGGACGUAGACGAUUCGGCGGUGGACCUGAGCGUCAGGGCAUUGCCACCUGAAUUGAGCGAGUUGAGAGCUUUGACGGCCAGUGGGCUCACUAUUACACCUGCACAACCACCACCACAUGGUGCCAGUGGCAAGCGGGUGCUUCGCCCCCGAUCUGAACAGCGUAGUUAUGCGGAGAGCCCUGAUAUCGUGUUGCUGCCGGCCGCACCGCCGCAUCGCAAGCCGUCUAUGCCGACUCCUGCGCCUUUUACAGACGUGAGCAGUAAACUGAACUCUGGCGGUGUGAACGUGUCGAUAACCCCGAGCACUCUGCCCGCGCCGGCGCCCGAGUCCCCCCGCGACCCGCGCGACGACGAAGACUCGGAGGAGGACGAGAAUGAACCGCCGCUACCCAUACCCGGACAUAGAGAACUAUCAAGCGCAGAGAUAUGGGAGCGCGAGCGUCGUCUCCGCACGUUGCGCGAAAAGCUGCGCGCUGAAGAAACGCGACUCGUGUUACUGCGGAAACUACGCCAAAGUCAGCAAGCCACCGGAUUGCCGCCAGCUAAGGACUCUACGACGGGCACAGCAUUGGCCGGCAGCGGCUGCGUGGUGCCGCCCGGCGUCACCGUCACGCCCGCGCCGCCGCCCGCACACCAGCAGACCAAGCGUACGAACAGCGCUGCGGCAGCAGCACCGGGCUCUGGGAGCUCGUCACGCCGCACGUCCAGCCUGCCCGGCGGUGCCACGCUCACGCCCGGACCCUAUCGCUCACAGUCAUCAACAAGCGGCGGUGCCAGCAUAACGCCUUCAGUGACAAUAACUCCGGCGCCACCGCCGGCCAGCUCACAUGCUUCCUCCAAUAAGGCGAGCUCCCGUAGUUCUGAGGAUACCCAGACUCCCGCGCAGCGACAGGCCGCCGCCAAACUGGCUCUGCGGAAACAACUCGAGAAGACUCUAUUGCAGAUCCCCCCACCCAAACCCCCGCCGCCGGAGAUGAACUUCAUCCCGUCGCCUAGCAACACCGACUUUGUGUAUCUGGUCGGACUCGAGCAUGUCGUCGACUAUCUUACUAAUGAAGACCGUAUGCCGCGAUCGUCGGUGCCGGCAGUAUGUGCGCAGUGCGGCUGCGACUUCACGCCGGUGUGGCGCUGGGAGCGCGGCGCGGGCGCGGCGGCGCGGCGCCACGACGCCACCUUCACGCCCGCGCCGCCGCCGCCCUCCGCGCGCCGCCUCUGCGAGCUCUGCGUCAGCGGGAACGUCAAGCGAGCGCUCAAGGCGGAGCACACAGCGCGGCUGAAGACGGCCUUCGUGCGCGCGUUACAGCAAGAGCAGGAGAUCGAGCGCCGCCUCGCCGCGCCCACCGCCUCCCCGCCGCCCGCCCCCGCCGCGCCGCCCGCGCACGCGCCGCCCGCGCACCAGCCGCCGCCCGCGCAUGCGCACCGCCCACUGCAGAUGUCGGUGUCUCGCAGUACAUCACGUGGCGGGUCUACCUCGUCCCCCGCGCCCGGCAAGACGCCCGCCCCAACUGCGCCCAGAGCUCUGUCAUCAUCGGACUCGCUACGCAGCCACCACUCGGACCGCUCCAGAGAAACCAGUGAAGUGCCCGCCAAGAAAGGAAAAGGAUCUUCUUCAAGUAGUACCAGUCAAAAUAGUAGCAGCAGUAAGCAGCAUCAGCAAUUGGCAGCAGCCGCAGCAGCACAGAUGGCGUUUGAGCAGCACAGCGCGGCCGCCAUGCAGGCUCUGCAACACCAACUGCUCAGAGGUAGUCUAUCAGGCGCCGGUGGAACUUCAGGAAUGUCUCCCGCAGCGGCUGCCGCGGCCAUGAUGCAGUUCUCUCCUCUCAUCUACACGUAUCAGCUAGCCAUGGCCCAGGCCUCGGCGCUAGGUAAGCGUUCCGGCAAGGGCUCGGGCUCGAGCUCGGGCGCCGCCAUGCAGGAGAUGCAGCGCGUGGCCGAGGCGCAGCGCCAGUACCUGCUCGACAUGAUCCCCGGCCAGCAUCCCCGCAACCCCUGGACUAAGAACUAGAGCUGUGAGGAGAGCAACAUGACGUUUCAAGUGAAAGUGAAGACGAUAGACGAGGCAGUGAUUUUCGUCAUAUUAACACGUAAAACGUAUAACUUAUAAAUACGUUGUUACAAAUAGCGAAGGAGUGAUAUUAAAACUGACAACAGCCUGAGCAUAACAGCUCAUUGAAGCUAAAAAUAAAAAUAUUGAAAUAUUUCUAAAAUUUUAAACAUUAUUUUGUAAACUUUAAACUACUUGUUACUGAACGGAUUUAACGAUAGUUUUAGCUAAAUCGUUUUGUUAGUGUCACAAACAAUGAACUAUCGUUAGAACUGUUUUUGUAGUUCAUUAUGUGUUCACUUUUUGACCGCCAUGUAUUGGAAAUUUUAACGAAAACAAGUUGUCAGAAAGUGACAAUGUGACUUCAUAAGUCACGCGAUGUUUCAUCUAAAAUUAUUUCGGAAACAUUUUCAUACGUAAUCAGUAAGCUUUAGAUAUGAACUUAAUAUUAAAUUGUCAUCGUGAACAUACGUGGCGGUCAAAAGGAUAAAUUAAAUCAAUUUCGGUAUAAGGAAGGCAAACGCUAGAUUUCAUACAUUCUUUUGAAGAAAACCACACCACGGCAAAGAAUGCAUUUCUAAGAAAAAUCUAGAAUAAAUAAGGUUAGUUAGUAAUCUAAGGAUAAUUUUUCAAUGUCUUACAAAGCGAUGCACAAAUACGUAAAUGGCUUAGAUUAGGUUAAAUCAACGAUUACAGUUUUUGUGCUAAUACACAAGAUCUCAAUAGGUAACAUUGCUGGGCAAAAUAUCCGUAUGUAAUCAUGAAUAUGUACUUUAUUUUUAUCGAUAAAUUAUAAUCGAUGUUUACUAUUUUAACUGGGGUCUUUUGCACUGGAUAUGGAAUCAUUUCAAUCACAGCAUACGAUUUUGUAAUCUAUUUCACUUUUUAAAUGUAUUAUAUAAAGAAUCACCUACGUUUUUUUUGCUUAGACUAUCGUUAGUGCAAUCGAAUAUGGUUUAUUUACUGCAUAUUUUAUUUUUAAGCAUUUCUUUUUGUUUUUUUUCUAUUGUUUUUACAAUUUUGUCCAGCAUUGUCCACGAUGCUAGCACUCAGAUGGGUGAAAUGGAAAGUGUGUGAAAAAUCUAGAUAGUAAGUGAUUCGAUCAUUUUAUAUGACGUGUUUUUAACUAGGCUACGAAUAAAUGGAUAUUGCUAAGGAUAA